AAGCACCAAACGGUUCAAAAACCAAAACCAUUUUUACUGUAACUUCUCUGCUACCACCCCCUCUCUCUGCAGUCUCUAAACAAAAACAAGCAAAGCAAUUCACACACAGAGAGAGUACAGAGGCAGAGGCAGAGAGAGAGAUAGAGACAGAGACGCCCAUUUUCAUGUUUUCUCUUUUUAGGCACGUUUUAAAGCUCUCUUUUAUCCAGGUCCUUUACUGUGCAAAACCCAUUUGGCCUAUUUUUUCUUCUUUGCAUUUUAAAGGGUUUAAAUUUUAGGGUCUUGGGUCACAAUUUUGAAGUCAAAAGUAGAGCAAGGGAGACAAGUUUUUCAGAAGCGAGAAGUGAAAUAGAGGCGAAAAUUUAGAAUUUCUCAGCAUAGGUUGAGGCAACUGUUAAUGAAAUAUGGAUGAAAUUCCUCAAUCAAGCAUUUUUGAAGGGGAGAUAACAGGAAUCAGAUUUGGUUUGGCAUCUCAGAAGGAAAUCUGUACAGCAUCAAUCAGUGAUUGCCCCAUUAGCCAUUCCAUUCAGCUGACUAAUCCCUUCCUUGGCUUGCCACUUGAAUUUGGAAAAUGUGAAUCUUGUGGCACUUCUGAACCAGGACAAUGUGAAGGUCAUUUUGGAUACAUCGACUUGCCGGUUCCGAUAUAUCAUCCUAGCCACAUUAGUGAAUUGAAGCGAAUGUUGAGCUUGUUAUGUUUGAAGUGCUUAAAAUUAAAAAGGAACAAGAUUCAAAUCAAGAGCAAUGGUGUUGCUGAACGGUUGCUUUCAUGCUGCGAGGCAUACAAAUAACUGUUCCUUAUGUUUAGAAGAAGAGAAAAUUGGUAUAUAAGAAGGAAGUUCAAUUUUAUAGAGCAAAGGAGAUUCAUUAGGAGUGUGCGCAAAUUUCUAUUAGAGAGGUUAAGAAUACAGAUGGUGCUUGUUUCUUAGAACUAAAGCUACCUUCUAGGUCCAGACUACGGGAUGGUUGUUGGAAUUUCCUAGAAAGAUAUGGUUUUCGCUAUGGUGAUAACUUUAC